AUGAAGUUUUUCAUCGACCAGCUCCCUGUCAUCUUCCCCUACGAUCGCAUCUAUCCUGAGCAGUAUGCCUACGUGUGCGAUCUCAAGCGAACGCUCGAUGCAGGGGGCAACUGUGUGCUCGAGAUGCCCUCUGGGACGGGCAAGACGGUCUCGCUUCUGUCACUCAUCGUGGCCUACCAGCAGCACUACCCCGAACGCCGGAAGCUGGUCUACUGCUCGCGUACUGUACCGGAGAUUGAGAAGGCCCUGGCGGAGCUCAAGAGGCUCAUGGAGUAUCGGCGGGCAGCGGGUUGUAAUGACGAUGGCUUCAUGGCCCUCGGCCUCAGCUCCCGCAAGAAUCUCUGUAUACAUCCAACGAUAUCGAGAGAGAAGAAAGGCAAAGUAGCCGAUGCAAAGUGCAGAGACUUGACGUCAGCAUGGGUGUGCGAGAAAGGCCGCGCAGAUCCUGGCUCUGUAGAGCUAUGCGAAUUUCACGAGAACCUCGGUCAACUCGAGCCCGGCACGCAAUUGCCGCCUGCCGUCUAUACGCUCGAAGAUGUGAAAGCCUAUGGCGAACAGCAGGGCAUAUGUCCUUAUUUCGCUGUCAGACGAAUGUUGGUACACGCCAGUGUGGUCAUCUACUCGUUUCACUACUUGCUCGAUCCGAAAGUAGCAGAGCAAGUCUCCAAGGAAAUGUCAAAAGACGCGAUCGUCGUCUUUGACGAAGCACAUAACAUAGACAACGUUUGUAUCGAGUCCCUCAGUAUCGACCUAACGCGACCUAUGCUCGACUCUGCCGCGCGUAGCGUUACUGCACUGACAGACAAGAUCAAAGAAAUCCGGCAAACAGACGCGACCAAGCUACAAGACGAGUAUGCGCGGCUGGUAGAAGGUCUGCAAGGCGCAGAGGCGGAUCAGGACGAGAACGCCUUCAUGGGCAAUCCUGUCUUGCCUGAUGAUAUCUUGAACGAAGCGGUGCCGGGCAAUAUUCGCCGAGCCGAGCAUUUCGUCGCCUUUCUGGCGCGUUUUGUGGAAUAUCUCAAGACAAGAAUGCGGGUGCUGCACGUCGUUGCAGAAAAGCCAGCAUCCUUUCUGCAGCAUCUCAAAGACAUCACCUUUAUCGAGAAGAAACCGCUCAGGUUUUGCGCCGAGCGGUUGACAUCGCUAGUGAGAACACUGGAGCUCACUCGCAUCGACGAAUUCUCUGCGCUCUCAAAGGUCGCCUCGUUCGCCACGCUAGUCGCGACCUACGACAAAGGCUUUCUGCUCAUUCUCGAGCCCUUCGAGACCGAAAAUGCCACAGUACCUAAUCCUAUCUUCCAUUUGUGCUGCCUAGAUGCUUCUUUAGCCAUCAAGCCAGUCUUUGACCGAUUCAGUAGCGUCGUCAUCACUUCGGGAACGAUCUCACCGCUCGAAAUGUACCCUAAGAUGCUACAAUUCACAGCGACGGUACAGGAAUCCUAUGCUAUGACACUCACUCGCAACUGUUUCCUGCCGCUCGUCAUAACACGUGGCAGCGAUCAAGUCAAUAUCUCCUCUCGCUUCGAAGUACGAAAUGAUCCCGCCGUCGUUCGUAACUUCGGUACCAUCCUCAUCGAGUAUGCCAAAGCGGUGCCAGAUGGCAUGGUUUGCUUCUUUCCCAGCUACCUCUACAUGGAGUCUAUUGUGGCAGCUUGGCAUGACAUGGGUAUUCUCAACGAAGCCUGGAAACACAAGCUCAUCUUCGUCGAGACGCCGGAUGCUGCCGAGACCAGCGUUGCAUUGGAAAAUUACAGGCGAGCAUGCGACAACGGACGAGGCGCCGUCUUGCUUUCCGUCGCGCGGGGCAAGGUUUCCGAAGGCAUCGACUUUGAUCAUCACUAUGGUCGCUGUGUCAUUAUGUUCGGCAUACCGUAUCAGUACACGGAAAGCAGAAUCCUCAAAGCGCGCUUAGAAUUCUUGCGCGAUGAGCACAGGAUCCGCGAGAACGAUUACUUGACAUUUGAUGCCAUGCGACACGCUGCACAAUGCGUGGGCAGAGUAUUGCGAGGAAAGACAGACUACGGCUUGAUGGUGUUUGCCGAUCGCCGCUUUGCCAAAGCCGACAAACGCGCGAAGCUACCCAAAUGGAUCAACCACUACAUCACCGAUACCGCUUCAAACUUGUCGACCGACAUGGCCCUCGUGAUGUCGAAGAACUUCCUACGACAGAUGGCUCAGCCUUUCGAACAAGAUACCCAACACAUCUCAUUAUGGGAUCUGUCCGAUGUCAAAGCACGACAGCAAGCAAGACAAGACGAAGCGGCCGUACAAGCAGCAGAAGCAGAAGACGCGCCAAUGGCCAAUGGCGAUGUCUUUGAAGACGAAUUUGGCAUGAUAGAGGACACUUAUCUCGACGAUCUCGACGCUGCAGCGGGUAUCACUGCAGCAGGUUGA